UAAGUCCUUCCUCAUUCCUCUCAGUUUCCCGCCAUCAAAACCUUCACUUUCCCCCCAAAAAUUACCCAAAACCCUAAUCUCCUCUCUCCCACUAACGCGAAUCUUCACAGGAGCAAUCAAACAAAGAGGGGGAAACAACCGGAAUUUCUACCGUAGGAUGAAGGGAGGAACAGUCCAGAUUAAUUGGCACGAUUGCCAGCCCGUCCUAACCCUAGAUUUCCACUCCCCAACUGGACUUCUAGCCACCGGCGGCAACGAUCAUGACAUCAAGUUGUGGGUGAUAACUUCAGGUGAAUCACAAAAGAAACUUCCAGCAGCUUCCUACCAAAGCAGUCUGGUGUACCACAGUUCUGCUGUAAAUGUCUUGCGAUUCUCUCCUUCUGGGGAACUUCUUGCAUCUGGUGCUGAUGGAGGUGAACUAGUCUUAUGGAAAUUUCAUGUCACAGAUGAUGCCAAAAGUUGGAAAUUUCUGAAAACAUUUAUAUUUCACCGCAAGGAUGUUCUUGAUCUUCAGUGGUCUGCUGAUGGUGCAUAUCUUAUUUCUGGUUCAGUUGAUAAUUCUUGUAUAAUUUGGGAUGUUAAUAAAGGUUCAGUCCAUCAGAUUCUCGAUGCUCAUCUACAUUAUGUUCAAGGUGUUACUUGGGAUCCUUUGGGUCACUAUGUUGCUUCCCUUAGUUCCGAUAGAACAUGCCGAGUCUAUGCAAACAAACCUCAGCCUAGGCAUAAGGGCCAUGAGAAAAUUAAUUAUGUUUGUCAACAUGUACUUACAAAAGCAGAGCUGCUGCAAACACUUGACAAUCCCAAGCCUUCAUCAGCUAAAACACAUUUAUUUCAUGAUGAAACUCUGCCAUCCUUCUUUCGGAGAUUGCAAUGGUCACCAGAUGGAUCAUUUUUACUAGUGCCUGCAGGUAUGCAGAAAUAUUCCUCUUCAUCUGACACUGUGAAUACAGCAUAUAUUAUUUCAAGGAAAGAUCUAUCCAGGCCUGCAGUGCUCCUGCCUGGGGCAAACAAACCCACUGUUGCUGUACGCUUCUGUCCCAUUCUAUUUUGUCUACGAGGAUCUAAUUCUGCAGCUGGUUCCUUUAAACUUCCAUAUAGAGUUGUUUUUGCUGUGGCAACCUUGGACUCCCUAUACAUAUAUGACACGGAGAGUCUUGUCCCCAUAGCCAUAUUUGCUGGACUUCAUUAUGCAGCUGUUACAGAUAUUGCAUGGUCACCAAAUGCUAAGUACCUUGCUUUGUCCUCACGUGAUGGGUAUUGCACUCUCAUAGAGUUUGAAAACGAUGAACUAGGCCUGCCUUUUUCAAGCCUAGCGCGUGAAGAAGCAAAGAGAACCACAGAAGGUAUCACAAAGCCAACAAAUAUGAAGCCCGAGAGUGUAGACAAUAUGGAAAUUGACAAAGUAGAAGCCCCCAAAACUGUUGAAAAAACAGAUACUGAGGCUGGCAAAGCAGAGCAGGUAGUAUCCGCUCCAACCCUGAAAGCUGAUGCGAGUAAAGCUCCCAGGAAGAAGCGUAUAACUCCUGUAGCCAUUAUUUAGAUGUUUGAUGAAGUGUGAGCCUCAGUACUGAUGCUGAACUUUGGGUAUAUCACAAUCAGUAUAGAAGUUGCAAUCUAAUGGAAGUUGAAUAUCUGCGUUACUGUUUGCACUUACAUUGCAGAUUAUUAGCUAAGAGGAAACGUAGAUAUCCUGUAAUUAGUUAAAAGAGUGAUGGAUCAGAAACACAUUCUAAUGAUGUAGUUUCAUGAAUAUAGUUUCUUAUUAAAAUGUCAGUAAUUUUUUUUUUC